UUUUCAUUUGAUAACAGCAGUAACGACGCGACACCAUACAAACUCACACGUGUAUUUUGAUAGCAAUUCUAUUUAUUUAUAUCUGUUACCAAUUCAUACGUGCAGAAGAAAAAAUAUAAAUUGACUCUUAUUGCGAUACAAAUAAAGUUUAAUAAAUGUUUUUAUGAUUACACGUUUAAAGUGGUAAAAAUUAAGAUAGCGAAUUAAAAACCCGUCAGUGUAGUUUAAUUGCGUUGACAAAAGUGUUGUAUUUAAUUUAGUGGUGUGAUCAAAGAUUCGCGGUAUUUUGGUGUCACGAUCAUCGCGGUAUUUCUAUUGUCAUUGUGAAUUUCGGUUUAAAUUUGGAACUGGAGGUUAAUCGAAAGCUCAGAUUUAAAACCAUUACACGAAGACAGAAAGAAUAAUGUGAUACAAAGUGACAUAGUGCAAAAAAACAAAGACAUAAUUAACUCACUGUGAUGUGUAUAUACUGUGACCAUGGAUCCACAAGAAUUAGUGCCAUUGGAAUCCGGCUUGCCCAGACCCCCAAGACCCACAGUGGGGCGUCACUGCAGCCGUAUCGCCUCUCAGUCCUGCAUACGAGGUCCAAUUAGGCUAUGCCGAAUGUUAGCCUUAAUGAUACUACUACCGUCUACUUUUAUAUUCGUACCUUUAUACUUAAGAUACCGUGUAUUCUCCGGACAAAUGUAUCCCAUGAGCAUGACUGACAUGAGACUGAUUGACAGCAAAAUAUCCACCACUUGGUGCCAGAGGCAAGUGGUGCGAUCCAAUGCGACUUUCAACGCGUUCCUGGUCCCGGGACCUCCCGAGUUCAGCCAGGAAUUGGUGCCUGUCAGCAUGACGAGGGAACUGGAGUUAGAAGACGACAUGAAGGAGUACUGGGGUUUCUACUUGUUGAAGGGAUCCAGUGUGACCGUCUCCACCUGCGUCAGAUGGCCAGGCGCCUCUCUCAUCAUGAUCAAAGGCUACAAGCACCUUAAAGACUGCGCGUACAUUGGAGACGAUUCUUCGGAAGAACUCGACGAGCUACUAGAAGCUAACAAACUUGGAUUGAUAUCCAACACGGAACUGGCGAAGAAGAUACAAGAACUGAACAGAGUGGAAGGGAAAGCCAACAAUCCGGAUGAAAUGAAGCGACAGAAAGCUGGUGUAAGUUUCCACGAUCCAAGCAAUGCGGCUAACGUGACGUAUCCUGAUUCAGAACCAACACUAGAUGUUACCGAUCAUGAUCCCAAGGAGCUCCGUGAAAUACUAGAACGCCUUCACGCUCUCCGCGAGGCUGCUAAACAAGAAUCUUUGAAAUAUUACCAUCCGCCAGACCACUUGAUGUCUCUGCCAGCCCUCCACAGGCAUAGAGACGCCAAUGUCGAUAAAGAUGAGAGAAGGUUCUUAAUUUUCAAAGAUAUUGACGGCAAAAGCAGUGAUGGAGAUGAAAGUUUUGAUAAUAAAACUAUAGAGAUCACUGCAAAUAAAACAACCACUAAUAAUCCUACUAAAACAAUGGAGAGAAAAAAUAUUCAAACAAAUAUAGUAACAGACAAACCUGAAAUUACAACAACGACUAUAAAAGCAGAAGAUCAGAAUACAGAAGACAUUAAAGAUGAUGUUGAGACUACAACUGAUGGGCUUCAAAUUGUUGCUACUAAGUUCACUACAAAGGUGCCUAUAACUGAAGAACCAAAUUCAAGAGAAGUGUUUGAAGAUGUUCUGCGGAGGUUACGGGCGCUUGGAGAGAGGGGCACGAGAGUGCUGGCUCGGCUACACGAUACAAUGGGAGUGGAAUACCACGAGUCCAAUUUGGAUGGCAAGCCUAAACCUGAUAUAAUGUCCAGGGUAACGGGCAGCGGUGAGGAGUUGGACCACCUCAGGCAGGUGCUGGUGGAAGCCAUAGAUGAGGAGAAGACGAGGUACCAGAGACAACAAAAACGACGUGACGCCCGCGAGGCCGCUCGCACUAAAAGGGAACUAAUGUUAGGUCAAAUUGAACUGCAGAAAUCUUUCAAUGAAGACGACGAAGCCAGAGACUACGCUGCUGAAGAGGGUCUCCAACCAGACGGUUACGCGGAACACCACGAGCACAUCAAUGAGACCACAGCCUUCGACAUGAGCAACUCAGAAUACUGGUCAUCAUUCUCCAGCAGCGAGGAAGCGUUGUUGGAGUGCGAUGGGCUGAUCCUCAAUCUGCCACUGACGCCAUCUGCUGGCUGCACUGAUAAAGCUACGGAUGACCAGACUUAUAACGCUGCUAGAUCUAACGCCCUAACGUAUAGGGUACCAGCAAAUGGCUACUACUUCUUCGUCUUCAACUCGGAAAACGAGGUCCAGACGAACUUCAUCAAAGCCAAGUUCGACCUUCAGAAGACCAGAUAUGACGUAGCCAGGACCGCUUUGAGAGAAUGCAAGAACAGCACUGAAAGAUGUGACCUCCCUUUAGACAUAUUCUCGAGUCAGAAGGUGGUCCUGGAAGUACCACUACGGAACAACGACUCCCUGUGGAACGAGCAGUUCGUCAUAGUCUCGGAAUGUGAACCCAGGACCUCCGUGUACUUAGCGUGCGUUAUCGCCGUACCAAUUCUCAUUCUAGUGUUCGCUUUCCAAUGAAAUGAUAGGAGUGAAAGAAUUUUGGUAUGAUACAUACAUACAUAAAAUCACGCCUCUCUCCCAGAGGGGUAGGCAGAAACUACCUCUUUCCACUUGCCACGAUCUGUGCAUACUUCCUUCGCUUCAUCCACAUUCAUUAAUCUCUUCAUGCAAGCUCGGCGGUUUCGGGUACUUUUGGCCUGACAUUUUACCAGGACGCGUUCGUCUAGGUCUUCCCACUUCGACCUGUUCCUCCACUUUUAGUAUGAUUGAAGCAUGAAAUACAAUAAUGAUAAUUGAAUUUUCAAAAAUCACAACAAAAUACGUAGAAAAAGAUAUGAGGAGUGUCUUUAUAAAGGCUACUCAUUUCUAGCCACAUACAAACCUCCGUAGAAAAGCGCGCGAGAAAUCGUUUUUAUCGCGCGAAAAACUACAGCUGUUUCGCUUUUUAUUAUGACUUGAAACGGGACAGCGAUAGUUUUUCGCGCGAAAAAUACAUAAAAUAAUUUAUCAAAGAAGGCUUUAGGCUGUAUAACAUCACGCUGCAACUAUUAAGCGCGAUGAAUGAAAAAUGUGAAAAAAACGGGGUAAAUUAUUCAUCCUUGAGGGCUUCAAUGAUGCCCAAAAUAACUAUUCCACGCGGACGAAGUCGCGGGCACAGCUAGUAAUUUAAAUAGGUAAAGUUUUAAUGUAUACACAAUAUUAUACAUUGAUGCCUGAAUUGGUGAUUUUUUUCUUUGAAUUUGAAGAAUCGGUGCGAAAUAAUUUAGAAAUUCUCACGCUAUUGAAACCUACACAGUGAUAUUAAAUAAGUACGUUAUUAUUUAAAGGCAAAUUUAGUUCACAAAAUGGCUGUUUUUUCAUAAGGUUAGUGGCCCUUCGAGGCAUGUAAAAUGUGAUAAUUAUGUGCUUUUACGUAAAAGAUUAGGGUUUGGAUGGUAACUUAAUAAUUUUUUAAAUAUUUGUGCAGUGAGCGAAAACUACCUAAAACGUAUCUAAUGUUGUGUACUUUUCUCUGUAAACCACUGUACUCGUCGAAAAGUGUCUUCAGUGGUUAUUUUUAACCAGUACCUUUUCACGCAGCGUGUACAUAGAAAUCGGAAUAGUUUGAGACAAUAGAAAUGCUAUAUUGUAGAUAUUUAAAACUAUAAAAAUUGUGUGUCCUUUUGAAAACAAUUGUAAAGUCUAUCAAAGAGUGAAAACAUAAUGUGAUAUGAUAGUGUCACAGUCAUCUCUCACUGUUUCAUAUUAUUCCGAAAUCUAUGAAUUCUUUUAUGAUUUUUAACCUCUCCGUUUUUACAUAGUCCGUCCAAACUGAUAUCCUGGUAAAUAACUUGCUGAUAUAGUUAAAAGCUAGCUUUUAAUUAAUAUUAAAUUGUUAUAGGUAAUUAUAACUACUAGUCAUUAAGAAUAAAUUGUUGUUAAUAUA